AUAUUUUGUUUCCCACUGAGAAACUUUUGACUAUCAUGUAUAUCCUUGAUUAAUCCUCAAUUAAACCAUUUAAUGUGAUCAAAAUGUCAGAUUCCGAAGACGAAACAAAAGAUAAACAACUUAAGAUCGUUGUUAUAGGCGAUGGAGCUUCAGGAAAAACAUCCCUCACAACAAGAUAUUCACAACAACAAUUUGGCAAGCAAUAUAAACAGACGAUUGGCCUGGAUUUCUUCCUGAAAAGAAUAGUGUUGCCAGGUGGAGUAAAUGUGGCAUUACAAGUUUGGGACAUUGGAGGUCAGACCUUGGGUGGUGCCAUGUUGGACAAGUACAUUUAUGGGUCACAUGGUGUGUUACUAGUCUACGACAUUACCAACUAUGCCAGUUUUGAGAACAUUGAGGAUUGGUUAACGAGAGUGAAAGAAGUGUUUCAAGUAGAAAAUAAAAUGCCACAUAUAGCUCUGCUGGGAAAUAAAAGUGAUUUGGAACACAUGAGAACGGUAAAAGUAGAAAAGCACAAUAAAUUUGCUAAUGAGCAUAGCAUGUCCAGCCAUUUUGUGUCCGCCAAAACAGGAGACAGUGUGAACAUAUGUUUUCAAAAAGUAGCUGCUGAAAUCCUUGGGAUCAAACUAUCGAAGCCAGAACUUGACCAACAGCAAUCGGUGGUGAAAGCAGACAUUGUACAGUACAGCAAUAACACAGAGACUGCUGCUAAGUCAACGCCAAAACAGGCAAAAAGUUCAUUCUGUUUGGUGCAAUAGCUCAAACGUCACUGUCUCCUAGUCAAGGGAUUGCCUUGUAUUUCUAGCUCUUGGUUACAAUCAUGAAAUCUUUUAGGUGUGAUUUGACAACCAGACACAUGUUUUACAAAAGUUUUAAGUCAAUAAGCGUGCAUCUUAUGAGACCACUGAAAUAUCUACCAAAUGGCUUGUAGAUUGCAUUCUACUAAAAGUUUGUGUAGUCUUUACAAACCAUUCAUGUCGCAUGAUGAUGAUUCAUAUGAGUAAUACAAGUGUUAGAAAUAUUAGAGGCUCUGGGUGUACCUGGGUAGUUUUACAUAAAUAAAGUAUAACUUAUUGUGAGGUCCGUUCAUUACGAAAUGAUAUAUUUUUGCAAACAAUUCGGAUAAUGGUUGAAAAAAGUGUAUUUGUAGCUUUUUCAUGGCUCUGUCAAGUUUUUACUUGAUAAGAUUUUGGAAAAUAGGUCUAAGUUUGUAAGAAAGAGCUCUGAAUGUGGGGAUUUUAGAGAUGUGGUUGUUGUUGAGUGUUACAUAUCUUCACUAUUUGUUUGCUGCACUCUCUCCUGUCAUAUAUGGACUUGGACUCUUCAAAGGACAGAGAUGUUAGGCUUUUUGGGGCAAGAACAUUGAAUGGUGAAAAAAUAGUAUUGUAUAAAGUGACCAGGUUUGAAGUUUUUUUGUUUUAUAAGCCUUGUCCUCUGUUAGAAAUUAGGACUUGUUACAUGUAUGUGCUAGGUUCAGUGGUCUAGAGAUUUGUACUAGUUUAAGAAAGACGAGCCAUACUGUGGAUGUCUUCAUAAAAAGUCCUCCAGUCUCGUAGGAGAUAAUACAGAAAAUCAUCCUUUUCACCAUCACAUUUCUCCUCUUUUAUCAUCUAAUUUAUUCUGUCAGGGUCCAUGAUCUGAACAAAACUGCUGAGGGGUUGGGAGUACAUUUUAUAUCUUCAGAGGAGAGAAUUUUGAGCCCUCUCCAUGGCAAUUCUAAUAUUGUUUUGUUGAACUGUUUGAGAAAUCCAAGGUUAUGAAACCUAUUUGCAAAUGGUUAUGAUGGCCGAUCACAAUGAAUAUGCUGGUUUCUGGCCACAGUAAGACCUGCCGACAUCUUUUGUUGCUGGUGAAAUUGAGAGAUUUUAGCAGUACUUCUCAAACUUUGAGAAAAAUUGAUGGUUCAGGCGAGUCUGUCAUGGCACGUAACAAGUGUUUUCAUUGUGAUAUGCCACCGUGCUGGUUGUCGGGCCUUAUUUUUGGCUUCUUAUGGAGGUGAGGGGACCUCUCUUUCCUGCGACCAUGUUAUAGUUGCUCCUCGGCAGAGGUAAAACACUCUCUGUGUUUCCUUUGGUGUAUAAAUGUAUAAUAAAAGUUCUUGUAUCUGUUUUAGAAA